CGCGUGGUUGCCCGUGAAUUGCUUUCAUAGUCUUUCUCACUCUCUCACCCCCUGAAUCCCCCACUCUCUCUCUCUCUCUACAAAUACUUAUUCAAAUUCUAGCCUAGCCCCUCACUUUUCCAUCCUCAAUUCUGUUUCGGUUCAACCCAAUUCCCUUCUAUUCUCAUCUCUCCUCUCAGUUCCAUUUCCUUCCCUACGUAUUCCGUUUCCCCUCUCUAUCCGACCAAAACAAUCGCUAACGAGGGUGUGCCCGCACGAUUCGCUGUUUCUGCUUCUAUUCUAUGGCGUCUUUGCAGCCCGACUUAGAUUCUAUCCAUUCUGAUACGUCGCCACCAUCCAGUCUUAGAAAGCGCACCAAAUUUGGGCCCGAUUCUAGCCGUCACAAUUCCCUCCACCCCGUUCGAUGGAGAUCCGACGCGGACCGUCGGAUCUACUCCUCCAAGCUUGUCGAAGCUCUGCGCCACGUCCUCCAUCGCAGUCCUUCUCUCCCGCCCAGACCUGUCGGCGGUCAUGAAAUUCAUGAGACGGCUGACAGAGUUCUAGCCACGACGGCCAAGGGCAGGACUCGAUGGAGUCGAGCGAUUCUGGCUUCUCCGCUCGGCCGUUGGAGAUUCCAGAGGCAACACAAGAAGGUGAAGAAGACGACGAGAGGAUUCAAGAAGCCGGAAAUUAGGAAAGACAGGAGGUUGCCGGCUCUGCAUAAGAAAGCGUGCGUUCUCGGCCGAUUAGUUCCCGGUUGCCGUAAGGUCUCCUUUCCAAAUCUUCUGGAAGAAACCUCUGAUUAUAUAUCGGCCUUGGAGAUGCAAGUUAGAGUCAUGACCGCACUCACCGAACUCCUCGCUGGUGGUGGCGUGCCGGCCGAUCGACUCGAGGGGCCUCGACCGUGAAACGUUAAAUUGACCCCACUAGUCGGCCUGGGCUUAUGGCGCCAGGUGUUUCUUUUUUUGUUUUCUUUUUCCUUCUCUCUUUCCUCCCUAGGAUAUCGUUCUUAAUUGGUUUUUAAAUUCAUGUAUUUUAUUGUGUAUAUGAUGGCUUUUCUUCCUUUCUGAGUUUUAA